GACUGUUUCUUUAAGAGAGUGGACGGGGUUUGCAGUGGUGGGCGGGGCUGAAGAGCUUCAUGGAUGAGCUGUGUUCAAUAUCCUCACGCAUUGUUAAAGGAGGUCAGUAAAGCAAGGACCAUGACAGCUCCAUUCAGAGCACUUGUUGAAGAUACUUCAAGAUACCUCAAAUCAUUUGAACUCUUUCUGGAUCGCUCAUCACAGCACCAAUGUAUGCAGAGCUUCAUCCAUAAUACUCUACCAGACAUACUGGGAAGCAUUGGUGGAGGACGGCCCGUUUUUAAUGUAAUGGGAGUAGGGAGUGGAGCAGGUGAAAUUGAUCUAGAGAUGCUAGCACAGCUACACAUGAAACAUCCGCAAGUGAAAGUCGACAAUGAAGUGGUGGAACCGAGCACUGACAUGUUACACAAGUAUAAAGGUCUGGUGUCAAAAACACCAAAUCUUGAUUAUAUUAACUUCACGUGGAAUAAGAUGACAGCUUUAGAAUUUGAAAAACACUGGCAGGAGGAAAAUCUUGGGGAAAAGAUGGACUUCAUUCACUUGAUACAGAUGCUGUAUUAUGUGAAAGAUCCAGAGGCCACUGUCUCAUUUUUCCGGAGUCUGUUAGAUGAAGAUGGAAAACUCUUAAUCAGUUUGGUGUCAGGUGAGGGUGGAUGGGGAAAAUUAUUGAGGACCUACAGAGCUACUCACUCUGUCACUACUGGAGAUAUAAAGACCUUCUUGGAUACCAAGGACAUCCCAUACAGUAAAUAUGUGCUUCAGUCCCAUAUAGACAUCACAGAGUGUUUCACAGAGGGAGAUGAGGUCGGAGAACUGCUGUUGGAUUUCCUAAUUGAUGUGAUAGAGUUCAGUAAGAACGCUCCUGAAGACCUGAAGAAAGGAGUGCUGGAUUUACUGAGACAUCCAGACUGCAGUAAUGUGGUGGACGGCAGGAUAAUGUUCAACAAUAACCUGGAAGUCUUAGUGGUUGAGCCGUAGCCCCAUGACUCCUUAAUAUUUGACCUGACCUCCAAAGGACUUUUGUGUUUAGCAUUCAAUUUCAUGCCAGUGCAGAAUGUGUCAUAGAUUCUUACAUUUAGAAUUUCUGUAACUGAAAUAUCGUCGCUGCCCGAUGAAACUCACGUAUGUCCAAAACGGUUACUUUUCAGAAAGUGAAAAAAACACAGUAUAUCAAAAGCAGUUGAAUGUAGCGUUGUCAUACUUGGUACGGCAUAUUUACAUGUAACCAAAUUCUUGCAAGUGUAAUGAUAUAAUCCACAUUUGACCAAAAUUAAGUUUAAAUGGACAUGCGUGCAUAUUUUACAGUAACUGUGAUCGAUACGCGUUCUUCCGAUCAUUAAUUAGAAUGGCUAAGUCGCGUUUCGUAUUGACAGAUGAAUACGCUCAGUUCAUUAAAAAGCCUACGUCUUAGUUAAAUACGCUUAUUUAAUAUUAAUUAUACAUUUAUUAAAUGUCUCUUGCAAACCAUGAAGGGACAAUGAAUCAAUACACUGACAUGGUAAUGCUACACAGCAUUGAGUAACUAAGGUCGCCCAAUGGCCGACAACGAAGUGCCCGAGGCCCCACCCCGUGUCAUGCCCGUAUUUAUGGGAAAUCCUUGGAUACAGAAAUAUGAAGGAGCAGAGUCUGAGGUACGCCUGUCGGAGUGGAAGGCCCAGUUGGAGUAUUUGUCCGACCUGCAAGGUUUGAGUGCAGCCCAACGGCUACAGUUCGUGUUAAAUUCCCUAGAGGGAGAAGCGCGGCGGGAAGUUCAGGCCGCUUCUGAAGCCGUUAGAGCCACCGCUCAGACGAUCUUCCACUUCCUCACCGAGCAGUAUGGUGAUCAUACCCUCAGAAGAAAGCGCCGUAAAUUACGGCGUACUAGGAAAGGCCUAUGACGCCGUCAUUAAUAUGAUAAUAAAAUGCCGUAAAUAACGGCGGUUUGCUGUGAUACCGCCGUAAUUGGCGGCGUUUGUUAGCUAAAACGCCGUAAUUUACGGCGUCUUUUCGACUUGAGCGCCGUAAAUUACGGCGUUUUAAAGAUGACGCGCGUUUGGUAAGUGGCGUCAAUUGAACUAUUUGGCGUUCCAUAUAAAUGUACGUGCGUGCACGCGCAUGUCCCCAGAUAACACGAUCCCCAGUUGAUCCAUAACACCGGCGAGAUGCUUCACAGGCGGAAGAUAUGCGGCGUGGUUGACAGCUUUGACACCAAAUGGGUAUACGUGAAAAUCAGAUGACAUGAUUUCACAAGUUUUCAUUGGCCAUUUAGGUAUGUGACGCAUACUGUAUACGGAAAUGAACCUGGACAUUCAAUCUGUCGAAAAAUCUCAAAAUCAGCAAAAUGAACAUACAUGGUUUUCAUUGGACAGCGACGAUAUGGUGCUCUGACUUAUUGUAAAAUAUAAAACAAAACAAACCUAGUUGCAUAGCCUGGGCAUCAUAAUGUUCACAGUCACACAUUUUAGUUUAAAUAAAGGUCUAUGAAGAUUAUAGAUUGCAACAUACGUUGCAUGACCCUGAAACCCCCAGUAUGAUAAACCAUGUAAAUACUUGACAAAACAGAUAAAAACGGGCCUCGUACAAGUGUAUAAUGACUUAUUAACUAAAAAGCUCAAUAAGUAUGAUUUUACUAUAUGACAUUUUUACUAUGACGAUUUAUGAGGAAACGUGAUAUUUUGUUUGGUGACUAGUUGUGCCAUUAUAACCUUAUACCUCUUUUGAGUUUGGUUGAUGGAAGAUAAAUGCAUGUAAAACUAAAAUGAUACAGUUUAAAUUCAUUAGAUUGAUUGAAAAAGAUGAGCACAUGCUUUAUAUUAUAUAAAUGAUCAGUGAAAGGGCAAAGAGAGAAGGUCUGGUGAUCCAUUCUGCUGUGCAUGAUUUUGUCCAUUUUAUGACAUCAUGCUUACAUUAUAACUCAUGCAUCACUUCACUGAUAAAGUUGCCUUUACCAGCCUAGCCUAACUGUUUUUAUGAUAAUGCGAACAAAAUGCAUUAAUAUGGACAUUUUAACAAAGCCUAUUCACAACCUAUUCAUAUCCCUGUUUUAUUAGGCCACAACCUUAUCAAUACAGCUUUAUUCUCCUAUUCCCGUGUCUUUUUGCAAACACUUCCACAAAAUCAUCAAGAUUUAUGGCCCUUGCCUUUCUUGACACUAUACUUAACAUCCCCAAAUUGCUCAAUUGUUCGUCACUAAUGGAAGUUCUCAAGAUAGUCUUGAUCAACUUUAGCACAGAAAAACUGCGCUCACAUGCUACAGUGCUCACAUGUCUCUUCAUCCAAUUGAUAUAGCACAGUGUGACUAGUCAUAGCUAGUAAACUUACUCCGAAGCUCAUCAGCGCUAGCAUUACAUGUUAAUUCAACACUGUAAAAACUUUACUGUGGAAAAGUAAACUUAGACCAUACAGGAAAGCUCCUAGUAGAGGUCUUCUCGGGUCCAAAGAAAUGUACCCGACCCGUAUCACUUUAUACCUGAACCCAAGAAAAUUAGACCCAAGUCCGACCCGAACUAGUGGCAAUUUUUUUUAACCCGACUGGACCCAAAUGUAAAUGGCACUGACGUGUGUGCAUUCUGCAGACCCACACGCAGCAGUCAGACAAAAAGAAACUCCGGUUGCCUUGCAACCAAUUUGGCGAGCUGCUCCAUUCGUUUUACUUUGUUAUCUGACGACGACACCAAGGUAACCGCUAAAAUGUACAUUUAAAAUUGACUGACAUGUCUGUCUCAAUGAAAAUUAACCUACCGCCAGCCACACAAUGUCGCAAGCGCUCUUGGCAAACAGAUGAGAGGUUUGAAAAGGACAUUGACGGUCACAUGCGAGAGAGUUCAGGUCUUCUCGGGUUCGUUGAGCAAAACCACAUUCAUUUUAAAUUACCCAAGACCCGAUGCCGCUAUUAUUGUACCCGACCCGUGUCCGAGGUACAUGUGAAACUUUUAGACCCGAACCCGAUCGGGUCUUGGGUCGGACCUCGGGUUUUCAGAUCUAUGUGGACCUGUGAAGACCUUUGGAAAGCCGCCAUUUUGCACCGCCAUGUUUUUGUGCAGUAGCACGAAAGGGACAAACUGCUCUACAGAAGCCGUUUCUUCACUAUGUUGUCUCAGACGACGACAUGUUUGUCCUGUGGCAGCUACCGUAGCUUUUCUCUGCAUUUCAAAAGGGAGGGGUGACCUUGGGUUCUGGCAUAGAUAUGUACACUAGAUGUCGCCUUGGCUACGGCAGUUCAUUGGACCGAAUGAGUCAAAUAGAGCCGCCAUCUUGAAACAGGGGAACCCGCAUUGUAGGCAAUGGUGUAAUGGAAAUAAAAUCACCAUAAAUCGUAAUGAAUGCGCUUUUCUUGCUUUUCUUUUGGUUCGUUUCAACAGUCAGACAUGUAUUUAGCCUUGAGUCCAGAAAAAAAAUAAAAGUUUUGGUAUUUUGAAAAUGUACUUUUUCUAACUAUAAUGCAUAGUGCUAGUAGGCCUAACGUUAAUACACAGCACAAAAGUCUGGCAUCGUCUAUGAAUUCGAAGUACAGGCAGAGAUAGCAGCUUUACCUAGCUAGUUCCUAUGACAAGACCCCUGUCCCAAGAUGUCGGCGGUUUUGAUGCAUCAUGCUUAGAACUACAAGGCGAAAUCUAGUAUAUAUAUCUAUGGGGUUCUGGCAAGAGGGGAUACAGCUACAGAGAAAUCUCAUGAGAUGUUGGGUUUAGGGUCAGCAGGUUUCAACCUUUAAUCACCAUUUCACUUUUGACAUUGUUUUAUAUUUGUUUGUAUUUUAGGCAAGUAGCCUAAUAAUGAUGUAUUCCUAACAGCUUACUUGAACAUCCUCUGCUUUGCAUCUGAGCUAAACGGUUGUUAUUUUGUUAGUCCCCUGGUACACGCAGUGAAAUGAUGUAUCAUGUCUCCAUCUACUGGGAAAGUUGUGUAACGUUUUUUUAUUUGCUAUCUUUUGUCCAUAUUCUCUCUAUAUUCCCUAUCAGUGUUUCCCAACCAGUGAAACCCAACAAUGAUCUUAUUUAUUAACGUCAGAUGUCCAACAGAAAUAUUCAGAAUUAAUUUUUACUAAAUAAACAAGAAAGUUUGCCAAAAUGUGUUUCUGCUGAGAAAUUGUGACCCUGCCGGUGCAAACACAAGUCCAACCCAGCCAAAGUUUUUGGUGAUUUACUAAAGACAAUUUUGUAAAAAUAUAACCUUAAAUAAUACAUUCUUUAAUAUUGGUCACUUAGGUCAUGUCAAAGAUUAAAAUCAACCCAUUCAAACAAACCAUGUUAAAAGGGAUAUCGGUGCAUACUGUAUGAUGUUUCUGUAAGUAGCAAGCAUGCAUGAACUUAUGCAUUAUAUACAUUUGAUAAAUACAAAUAACAGUACACUAAAAAAUGCUGGGUUAUUUGGUGAAAAAUAUACAUUUUCUGAGUUUGUUUUUGACCUAAUUUGACUUGAUAAGGUUGAAAAUAACCCAGCAUUUUUGUUUUAGAGUGUAGUCAUACUAAAUGUUUGUUUGGCUUUAUUACAAGUCUAAAAAUACUACGAGCCAAAUAAAGCUCAAAUGUUUAGUGCUACUGUAUAAAGAAUUGCAUCGGGGCAUUCAGGGCUGGUUCUACAAAGGCUAUUUAAUACUGUGCUGUCUAAAUGCAUAUUUUAGGAAGCAAUUAAUGUAGCAUGACUAAAGUUUUUUUAUAGUUUCCUUUGGACUGGUGUGUUUCUGCGUUUUCAUAUUGCAGCUGAAUGUUGACAGUGAUAAGGGAGUUUUCGCAGUAGUGCAGGGGUCAUUUUGCCUGCAGGGGUCUGAAACACUGCAGCUCUGAGCUAUAGAUGAAUGAGCACAGUUGCUCUGAAAUGAGUGGAGUGUAACUUGUCCAUAUGUUUUCAUAUGGCAGAGGUUUGCCACACGUGCGAUUAUGAGAGUAGCCAGCAGGUGGCGUUGUAGAUUUUCCCAAAUAUUUUUAUCCGCAGCAGGUAUUGCAAAGAUCAGUGUGAUCUUAAAUAGGCAUGAUUUCUCCAAAUGAAGCCAUAAUUCAUAGCUUCUCAUUGUUCCAUUUAUACCUUGUUUUCUAGAGUAACACUUGAGGCUUAUUCCAAUCACUGAUGAAUUAGUAGAAAUGAAGAGAGUCAUUUCGAAUAAGAGCAAGUUUGGUUGAGUUUCCCAAUGCUGUAUAAAUAAUCUCCCAACAGAAUACAAUGCAGACUGGAUCAAUGUCAUGCAGCUAAAGAUGUUCUUCCUGAAAGUGACUAAGUGUGUAGAAUUUUAAAAAUUAGAUUUCAUUUAUUGCUUCGUGCACUGCAAAACACAGCUGUCCCCAGGAUGUCAGGCACCCUAAUUUGUAUUUACCUAAGUGUACGCACAACUGCUGACAAUUUUGGAGAAUAAACAGGUGCAUAUAAGGACAGCUUUAUAAAACUGUACUGAGAAAUCUUGUGGCUGUUUAUGUGGUUAUCACUGUUAGAAACAUUAAGACAUUAAAGGAAAAUUCAUUUUAUAGUCAUCAUAUUAUUACUCUUGACUUUGGAAACAUGUGGGGCUUUCUUUCUUUCAUGUGUGACCUAAGCAGGGCUUCGAACCAGAUUUUUUCCCCAAUUGGUUUGUUCCGAACAGAAACAUUAUUUUAACGUUUCAGGUUUUCGAUUCAACCCUAAAAUUGACGUUCCUGAACCGGUUAGAACAAAAAAAUAAUGUUCCCGAACAGGUUAAUAAUGUUCAAUGUCAGCUAUGGGACAUACAAAUAAGUAGGCUGAUCAAUAGAACAUUAAACUUAAAUUAUUAGUCUACAUGAUUUUCUCUAUCUUGUCAUCAAACAUCAAAAAAGGCUAUAUUAUGUAAGCGCAUAACUGUAAUUCUGACAUGCCUAUAUUUGUUUCAGCAUAAUACAUAAAUUAAGACAAGGACAAUUUCUGCAUGUCGUUUAUUGACAAACAACUUAAACAAAUGUUUUUAUUAGAAAAAGAAUACUGUAGUAUUUCGAGAUCAUUUUGUUUGUAUGUGUCCUGUCAAAAACAGAAAGAUUGUUAGCUUGCUUUUUGAAACGCAUCUCUCCGUGUAUGCACUUUUGAGUGCACUUAAACACGCGCACACACACAGACGGAGGACGAAUUCGAAACGGAGCUUCGGGAAGAAGAUGCAGCAUAAACAGUCGCGUCACACAAAGUGAAAAUUAUGUUGUUUCUCAGUGCUUUAUAAUGUAUUUUAAUGGACUACAGUAUGAGACAGUCAACACAUGUGCAU